GAAACCUUAUUAUAUGUUGGGCACAAUAACUUCUUUCUUUUUGUCUGGAAUUCACGGUUGCAACCAAUACACCGAUAAGAUGUCCGACAUGAGAGCCAUUUUUAUGGCUCGCGGUCCCGAUAAUCUUUGGAGUUAUCCUAUUGUUUGCCGCCGUAGCAGUGGCCGAAGAUGAGAAGGACGAGAUGACAGAGGUUUCCGAAUCCGCAUACCGACCCGUAUAUUACGGACCAUCUUACGGAGGUGCCCGUUACGGUAGCGGUUAUGGCGAUUACGGAAGUUACGGACGUGGCCACGGAGCUUACGGCUACGGCAAGUAUGGAGAUCACGGACGUUACGGAGAUCGCGGAUACGGCGCCUACGGCGGACACAAUUAUGGUUUAUACAGAGAUCACGAUCGUUACGGAGGUCAAGGAGGUGCAUACGGUCGUUACAGAAAUGUCGAUGCCUACAAUCGCAAUAAGGGCGCCGGUUACGAAAAAGCCUACGCUUUCGACAAACAGGCUGCUUAUAGAGAUCAUGGAGCCGACCGUGGUCAUUACGGUGGUUAUUACGGAGAUCACGGAAAAUACGGCAACUACGGCCGAGGCGCAUACGGCAGUCAUGGUUACGAUCGUCACGCAGCACGCGAUAGAUACGGUGCUCACGGAUACGGCAGACACGGUUACGAUGGUGGCGAUUAUGCUGGUCAUGGUAAAGCUUUUACUACCAUGUACUUCAACACCCCAGGCGGACACUAUUAAUAAAACGUUAUUAAGAUUUCGAUGAUGUCAGACAACUCAAACGGAGAGGAAAGCUUCCCUAUCCCAUCUGCUACUUGAUUGUCAUACCCUUGUGAAUAGACUCAUCACCGGGAUCCGUUCCGAUAAAAACAAAUUUGUAUACGAA